UAUUAUAACUUUAAUCCAUUUUUGUUAAGCAAAAAUACUAAAUUAAAGUUUUAUUAUGGAUUCAUUAGUUAAAUUUAUGUUUGCAAUUAUCUUUUUGUCUACUUUCGUCAUCAUUUCUUCUAGUUGCAUUGGAAAAACUAUUCUACGAAUCGGUGGUUUAUCUUGCCAAGAUAAACAAACAAUUCUUGAUGAACACAAUCGUUUGCGUCAACUAGUAGCACUGGGACAAGUGCAGGGUCAGCCUCAUGCUGCCAAUAUGAGAGAGAUGAUUUGGGAUGAUGAGUUGGCAACAACAGCACAAAGAUGGGCUGAAACUUGUGCUGAAUUUCACGAUUCAUCACGUCACGUUCGAAGAUUCAUUGUAGGGCAGAAUAUUGCUCGAACAUGGACGAGUAGACCAUUAGGACCCUAUGAUAGCGCACCAAACUGGCGAAGACAAAUUUCCGGGUGGUUUAGUGAAGUUCAAUUCUAUCACGGUGGAUAUCAUCCAACUACAGGUCAUUACACUCAGGUUGUUUGGGCAAAUACAUUUUUAAUUGGCUGUGGAUAUACAUAUUUUUAUGAUCCUGCUCGUGGAUAUACAAAAAAUUAUGUCUGCAAUUAUGGUCCAAGUGGAAAUAUUAUUGGCCAACCUCCCUAUCGAAUAGGACAACCAUCAUGCAAUCGUUUCGGAUUGGCUUAUUCGAACAGAUAUGCUGGCCUUUGCUCUCGGGAUAAUAUAUAUUAUCUAGGGGCCUUCUGUACGUAUUUAUUUUGACAAUUCAAAUGGAUAUAUAAACUUAUAAUGUCAUAAAAGUUUGCGUGCACCCUAAGUCCACAAAAAAAUAAAUAAAUGAAGAAAAGAUCUUAUAUGUAUAUAUUGAAGUCAGACUGCAAUCUCACGCUUUUUUAAUUUCCAGCCAAUAGAAGGUUACACUAAUUAUUUCCAAUUGAUAUUCAUACUUGUGCACGAUGAAAAACUUUUAAUAGAAAUACCACAGAUUUGAUUUACAUAUAUAGAUUGAGUUUAUUAGCUGAUGGUUAUUAUGAGAAUGGCGACGUUCAUGUUCUUCUGAAUCCACUUGAACGCUAUUGAGGAGGACCAUUUUCAUCGCACACAAGGGAUUUUUACAGUUUAGACAGCAAUAAAGUUAUUGCCAACAUUUAUUGUUACAAAUAAAUACAUUUAUAAGAAUAUAAAAUUUUUAUAUCUUUUUUAUUUC